GUCCGCGUCGCCCAUUCCGCUGUAAUAUGUUAUUUCACGAUUCGACCAUCCAAACGCUCAUUUAUACAAUUCCCUCCAACCGAGCUAGCUGGCGUUUGUUCCGAUCUAUGAGAGAGAGAGAGAGAGAGAGGCGUUUUUUGUUUUAAAAAGGAGGCCUUGCACUGGCAGUGAGCUCUAAAGAAAAGAAGAAGAAAAACACGAUCCCUACCAUUCUCAAUCCCUGAGGCUUGUGGUGCGUUUGGCAAACCAAGAAAAUACGAUUCUAGGAAAUGGGAUUCGACGCGAGGCAGGUCUUGGGAGCGGUCCUGACUUUCACCAUGUUCGCAAUGCUCGCGAACAUGAUCAGGCGAGACCAUUUCGAUUCGUUUCAAGUGAUUGUUCCAGGGCCACCGGCUGUUCAUUUUGAUGUAAUGAAGGUUGAGGAGAAAGGUAUUUCCAUGCUUCCGAUGGGUAAAGGGCCUUGGAAGGGGAAUGGCCAAGAGCUGAAAUCUUGCUGGGCCAAGCCUAGAUCAAAAGAGGUAGAUCAGCCAAAAGGUUUCAUUACAUUCUCGUUAUCUAAUGGUCCAGAAUAUCACAUCUUGCAGAUUGCGGAUGCGGUCGUGAUCACAAGGUAUCUAGGGGCUACGCUUGUACUCCCUGACAUCAGAGGAAGAACACCAAGUGAAAAGAGGAAAUUUGAGGAAAUCUAUGACGUCGAGAAGUUCAUGAAGAGCCUGGAUGGUGUGAUCAAUAUAGCAAGUGAGAAGCCAGCUGAAAUAGCAGCAAAAAACCUUGCGGUUGUGAGGGUCCCAAGCAGGGUAUCAGAAGACUACAUUGCAGAAAACAUUGAACCGAUAUUCCGAAUUAACGGUAACUUGAAGCUUGCUACAUACUUUCCUUCAGUAAACAUGAAAAUCGAGGAGACUCAGAAGGAUGCGGAUUCGGUCAGUUGCUUGGCAAUGUUCAGCGCCCUCGAACUUCAACCGGAGAUUCACGAAGUGGUCGACUUGAUGGUCAGGAGGCUGCAGACCCUGAGUCGCAAGUCGGAUGGCCAAUUCGUCGCGGUGGAUUUGAGGGUCGAGAUGCUGCAAAGGAAAAGGUGCAAGGAAAGCGGAGGCGCAGGAAGGAAGAGUUGUUACAAUGCAGAGGAGGUUGGCGAGUUCUUAAGGAAAAUCGGGUUUGACGAGGACACCACAAUUUAUGUGACUCAGUCGCGGUGGGAUGAAAGUCUCCAUGUUUUGAAAAACAUCUUCCCAAAAACUUAUACUAAGGAAGGCAUAAUGCCUGCCGACAAGAAGGACAAGUUCCUUAACUCCGGGUAUCCUGAAUUUGAGAAGGCGAUCGACUUCUACAUCUGCUCUCAAAGCGACGUCUUUGUGCCUGCCAUUUCCGGCAUGUUCUACGCCAAUGUUGCCGGAAAGAGGAUAUCUUCCGGCAAGACCCAGAUACUAGUUCCAGCCACCAUCCCCGGUCCGUCUGCCCCAGCCUCUGACUUCAUCUCUUCUUAUGUCUCUAAGAAAAGUCAUUUGGCCUACUCGUGCUUCUGCUAAACUCCAUCCAAAAAUCAAACCGGUGUGUUUUGGAACAGAGUGUCCCCACUGAUGAGUUCUUGAAGCCUUCUCAACUAGGCGACAGUUUUGAUCUCUCAAUGGGUCCAAGGACCCAAAUCAAGCUGUCUGUUUGUAUGGUGAAAAUCCUUCCAUGGCAAAGGCGGACCUCGUUAUUUAAUAUGUUUCAAGUCCUUUAUAUAAUCAUAAUAGAGUAGCAUAUGUUUAUUGUAUAGUACUGUUUAUAUCUGUAGUUUAUGCAAUCUUUGAAUGUGUUUUAUGUCUUUUUGCU